CUCGGGAGGUGCUUAUAUAGGACCGUGACCAGAGCAUCCUCUGAGGCACUCUGGACACUGGCAGCGUCCAUAGCAGCAUCUUCUCCCUGGGGGAGCUGGGCCUACAGCCCUUCACUGGAUACGACUUCUGGCAGACAGGGGGUUGCUCAGCCUCUCAGUGUCCCGACGCAGAGCCGCCUGGUCCGGAGGUCCUAACCAAGGGUGUCCUGGGACAGAAGUGACUUUCGGGGUCCAAGCACAAUGGAGAGUCCACGGGGCCCCAGGAAGCCCCUGUCUGAGAGAAGAGCCAGGUCUCUGGACAGAUCACCGAACCCCAGGAAGGACUCGGAGCCGUGGGGCUGCCAGUGCCCCUCCCUGCCCACUACCCUUUCCAGACAGGAGCUUCCAAGGAAUGCCAGUGACGGGAGCAGGCGUCCGAAGAGCCGAAGGGCUUCGGAGGCCUCAGGAGCCACGGGCACAGCCCUCAGCCAGGAGGGGACCAAGGAGUUUCUCCCCAGUGAGCAGAGGCCUCUGAAGGACUCCAAGAAGGACAAGGCCCAGAGUUGGAUGCAGCAGGGGCUGCUGAAGACUGUAGUGAACUUAUUCCUGAGGACGGGCCCUGAGGAGACCAGAGAAAAGGCCAGCAAGAGAGCGAAGGGGAAGGAGGGCCUCCUCCAGCCCGCAGAAGCCUCUGAGUCUCUGGGGGAGCCAGCUCCCAAAAAGAAAGCCCACGACAAGAAGGCCAGCCGCAAGAAACAUAGUCACAAGAAACAUGUUGAUGAGCAAGCCAAGGGGGUCCAAGGUCAGGAAGUUGAAAGCCAAGAGGCAGCGCUGCCCAAGACAGCUGCUGUCUUGGGCUCUGAAGAGGCUGACCAGGGGCUGGGACCCAGGGGCGGGGAGGUUGCUGAUCUCCACCAGUCCUUGCUCACUGAAGGCCAGGAUGCUGGCGUCUGGGGGCCUUCUUCCCAAGCCACAGGCUGCUGUCAGGAAGAGGAGCUCAAAAAGCUUGACAAGGAAAUUAUCAUCCAGAUGAUAGUGCAGAUGCUCCGAGAAGUGGGAGACCGGUGGGAGAAAGAGCAACUUCUAGCCUUUCAGCCAGAGGCGGCUCCACAAAACCCAGCACCACCCGUCAGGAAGAAAUCCCAGGAGAAGUUUAACCUCAAGAAAAGCUUUUCUCACAAGAAACAUAGCUCUGAGGAGCCCAAGAGAGCGGGGGCCACAGAUGUUUCCAGCCCGGAGUCCCGGCCGUCCAAGAGGCCCAGCUUUCUGUACCUGUGUGUUGGGGGCCAUCGGCCUUCCAUCUCCAGCAGCCUUGGCUUGGAAGAACCUGAAGUCCAAGAGGCCUUGUCUACAGAUCGUGGGGGUCCAAAUUCCUUCGAACAUUCCACCCAAGCUGGAAGCCGGGCACCCAGAGAGAACUUGCAGCUGGACAGAGCCUUGGAAUGCCAAAAAUUUAUCCGGAAGAUCAUCGCACUACUCCAAGAUGAGGAGGAACAGGAGGGAGAGAAGCAACUUCACGUCCAGGAGCCAGAGGCGGCUGCGGAACACCUGACCCCGCCCUACAGGAAGAAGUCCCAAGAGAGAAAGUCCAGCUUCAUAAAAGUCUUUUCUCAUAAGAAACAUGGCUCCAAGGAGCCCAAGAGAGGGGGAGCGGCAGGUGCCACCAGCCCGGAGUCCCAGCUGCUCAAGAGGCCCAGCUAUCUGCCCCUGUGUGUCAGAGGCCAUCAGCCCUCUAUCGACAGCAGCCUUGAGCUGGAGGGUCUUGAGUACCAGGAGUCUUCGCCUGCAGAAGGGGGACAAGUUGGCUCCUCAGAAGCAUCCUCCCAGGCCGGAAGCCACAAGCUGGAAGGGAGACCUCUGCCAGACGGGGCGUGUGAAUCUAAGGAGCUGAUCAUCCAGAAGCUGGUGGCCCUUCUCCAAGAAGUGGAUGGCCAUUUGGGGGAGCAGAUCAGGCGGCACCCCAGCUUUAAGAGGUUUUUUUACCAGCUCCCGGACUCGUCCCUUCUAAAGCUGACCACCGCCCUGCGUAGACAGGGCGUCCGCUCGCCGCAGUCUGACAGGAACCACGCUGAGAGGCCCUACCAGUUCGCCUUUGGCUUGGCCAACAAUUGUCACAAUGUCCUCAGCCUGAUGGGCCUGCGCUACCCCCAGUCCCCCUACUGGGAGGCCCAGCAGAACAUCACAAGCCCUGAGGCCCAAAGUCCAGAUUGAAAGCUGUGCUUCACACUCAAGCAUGCUCUUGAACAAUCCAAACAACUGGUGGCUUUAGCCAGGACACCCUGAGGAUGCUUCAUAGUUGUCCUGAUUCAGGGCUUCUCGGAAAUGACUGCAGACAAGAGUCGACGACCAUUCUGCAUCCUCAUGUCGUCACGGGCUUAUUGAGACUGAGGAUGCACAAAGCAUUCUUCCUGAGGACCAGAGGCAGAGACCGUGCCGGGAGAAAUAAGCACUGGACUGGGAGUUAGGAGACUCGAGCAUCCAACUGCUGACCUGCUUCAAACUUGCUACAAGGCCUUGUGUGCCCCUGUCCUCUCCAGACCUUGGGCUCUGGGCUGGACGAGGUGACCCAUCAUAUGCCUUCUGGUUCUAUAUUGCUAAAAUCUAUCUAAAUAGGGUAGUGAGUGUUUUACUCUGUGACUAAAUAUACCCUCCCCACUGAGCUGGAGGCACUCACCCAAUGAAUGAAUGAGUGAAAUGGUGGAGAACUCCUAAGAUCUGGGCAGUGUGUUCGAUGUUCACUGGAGGCCUUGCUCCUCAGCUGGAGUUGCACAGCCAGUGAUUCCGUCCCUAAACUGUGGGGCGGGAGGAAAGAGGGCCGCUGCCUUGACAAGCAUGGUCUGGAGAGUCAGGCCAGGACCCGAAGGCCCUGCGUUCUUCUGACAACCCCAGUGCCGACUUAACGCGCCCUCAGGUUUUUACUUUUAUUUAAGAGUUACUAAACCCUUAAUCUUAUGUCUCUAUUGCUUGAUUCACUGAACUAAAAACAUGCCACUAUCAUAUAGAAGACUUGCUGACAUGUUUUCAAAUGUUGGUUUUAACGAGUCUUUAGUUUUAAAAGUACGUUUUUGUUUAAUCUCUCAUCAGAACAUCCGGAUGCGUUUAAAAAAGUGUGCGUCCAUAGGCAACACACAACUUAUUCAGCUCACAGUGCUUACUGCCCAUAGGAUUUGUAGAUCCCCCCAGGAGCUCUGCAGGCCCAGCUAUAGGGAGGACCUGUGGAUUGGGGAUCUCUGGUCUCAGAAACCUCCCGAACCCGUGUCCUGUAAUUCCAUCACCAGGGAAAUGAAGCUGGUGCCUUUCAGCUCUCGCAUCUUGUGGGGGUUUGCCAAGAGUCAGUGAGAACAUGAAUGUGAAGGGUCUGAAAACUACGUAGCCCCAUGUCCACGUGUGUCAUUUGUAUUACAGGCCCAGUCCGGUAGUUUUCAGGGAACCGGGGAGGGCUUCGAGCUGGACGACCACGGAUGGUCGCACGGCGUGCUCCGCUCAAGAGCACCACGGCCCAGGACGUGCUGUUCUCUUCCUAGACGUUGUGGAUUUGUAGAUUUAUGGCGACAGUUUUCCAGCCGGUGCCAGUGGUCUUGAGAAAGGGCCUCCUUUUUGUUUUUGUCCAAAGGUGAGGUGUGGGCUGUUGGGGGCUCCGCCUUCUACCACUGAACAGUUUCAGGAGCUGGACUCCAGUGCACGUGUUUCCCACGUGCCUGUUACCCCCGUGCAUGACACUGCCUGGAGCACGUGGCCAUGGGGGAGAGGGAGUUAACACCUGGACGGCAAACUCAGUCCUGUCACCCUGGAAGGACGUGGUGUUGGGUGUGGAACCUGUGGCGACCACUGUGGGGCCGGGAACCAA